CGUCCUCUUCGACCCUAACGCAAAUGAUGAAAGGAUGGAGCCACGCCAUGAAUAAUUGGCCACUGUUUUAACCAAUCAUUUGCUGCCAUGUGGAUUCUGGCUCCUACCACUCUCAUCUAAUUAUUCCUCUUCUCCUCCACAGCCAUGGCCAUGGCCAUGAAACCGUUUUGACCAACCGCUAUGUCCCCAACAAUACUUCAAUUCAUCAUGAAGCCAUUUCAUCUUCUUCCUUUCUUCGAAUUCUUAUAUUUAAUGCAGGGUUACUUACAGUUUAUACUUUCCUCGACGUGUUGUGUUAUAAUUCCAGUUUUCUCAAGCAAGACAUGGUUGCGAAAAGCGAGAUAUCUGGGCAGAGCUUUAAAGAGAUAAGCAAGGAAAGACUACUACCAAGAAAAGAGUACUCGGAAUUUAACCUCAAUAGCUCAGCUAGCAAUGGAGUUGGGACGAAAUACACGUGUUUUCAGUCAUGCUCUGAUAGAAUCAUCAGAUUUUGUAAUGUUUUGCCUGAUGUCGCCAUCAAGUUCUUUGAAAUGGGUCGUUCAGAUCCUCGAAAAGUGUUUUUCGCCAUGAAGAUGGGGUUCUCACUGACAAUUGCAUCGCUCGUUAUAUUCCUGAAAGAACCUCUAAAAGAAGUCAACCAGUAUGCGAUUUGGGCGAUUCUCACUGUUGUCGUCGUUUUCGAGUUCAGCGUAGGUGCCACACUUAACAAAGGAUUCAAUCGAGCCCUGGGAACAUUUUCUGCCGGAGGACUUGCUCUGGGCAUUGCCGAGCUCUCUAUCUUGGCAGGAGAGUAUGAAGAAGUAUUUAUUAUCGUCAGUAUUUUCAUAGCAGGAUUCUGCACAAGUUAUGCAAAGCUUUACCCCACCAUGAAAUCCUACGAGUAUGGAUUUCGGGUAUUCCUGUUGACAUACUGUAUUGUUUUGGUGUCUGGAAGUACGAGCAGAAAGUUCUUCUUGACAGCAUUUUAUCGAUUAUUGCUGAUUGCUGUUGGGGCUGGCAUAUGUUUGGUUGUAAAUAUAUGUAUAUACCCCAUCUGGGCAGGGGAAGAUUUACACAAGUUGGUGGUUAAAAAUUUCAAGGGCGUGGCUCAAUCUUUGGAAGGAUGCGUUAAUGGGUAUCUGCAAUGUGUCGAAUAUGAGAGGAUCCCUUCAAAAAUUCUUACAUACCAAGCUUCAGAUGACCCACUAUACAGUGGGUACAGAUCAGCUGUACAAUCUACAAGCCAAGAAGAGACUCUGGUAUUAUUCUCUCAGUUUCUCAUACUAGAACUUUCCCCCAUGUCCUUAAGGAAAUGGUAUUGGGUUGAUGUUUGUUUUUUUCAGCUAGACUUUGCCAUAUGGGAGCCACCUCAUGGCCCCUAUAAGUCAUUUAAUUAUCCAUGGAGAUGCUAUGUCAAGGUUAGUGGUGCAUUGAGGCAUUGUGCAUUUAUGGUGAUGGCUAUGCAUGGAUGCAUACUUUCAGAGAUUCAGGCGCCCCCAGAAAAGAGACAAGUUUUUAGCAAUGAACUUCAAAGAGUUGGCAAUGAAGGAGCUAAAGUAUUGCAUGAGCUUGGUGACAAAGUUGAAAGAAUGGAGAAAUUAAGGCCCGUAGACAUACUUGAAGAAGUACAUGAGGCAACAGAAUUGUUGCAAAUGAAGAUAGAUCGAAACUCUUACCUUCUUGUCAACUCAGAAAGUUGGGCAGCUAUUACACAACCUAAAGAAUUUCAAGAAUCUGAUAUCGCUCCUGAAAUCAAAAACGACGAAAAUAAACCUGAUACGUCUAUUGACAUUAAAGAAGAUGGAAGUAAAACGACUCAAUCUAUUAGUGAAAUAUUGAGUGCUCAGAAUACUAUUUCAGGCAUGGAACCUCCCAUUACAGAUUUAUUUUCCUCAGACAGCACGCUCAGAAAGUCAAGGUCCUGGCUGCAUCUACCUUUUAACGGGGGUUUCAUACUCGAUGAACAGGAAUCAAAGGUAUAUGAAAGUGCAAGCUCUUUGUCUCUUGCAACGUUUGCAUCACUCUUGAUUGAGUUUGUUGCUAGGCUUCAGAAUCUUGUGGAAGCAUUUGAAGAGCUUAGUGAGAAAGCAAAUUUCAAGGACCCUGUUGAUCCACUAGAGAUCAAGAAUGUGGUAGGAGUUUGGACCAGAUUUAAAAGAUGUUUUCAGUUGAAAUUUUUUCUUCUCUGGACAACUUUGUCGAAGAUCCUCAAUUCUUCAGAUUCGCAAAAAUGAAUCAA